CACAGUGGUGGAAACAUGGACUCCACCUCUAACAGUGUGACAGCUCCGGGAAAUCACUCUCAUUCCUCCCCUAUAGACAGUGUUAAUAACAAUACGAUGCAAAAUGGGAUUGCCACGCCCUCGGGUGACUCAGAAGAAACAGACGAAGUUGAAAGUGUAAAUAGCAGUGUGGGAAACAGAACUUCAGUGAACGGUGGAGUGGCACUCGGUAGUGUUGGCAAUGUUACGAGCUCAUCAGCUGACCGUGAUAGAAACGUAAAUAAUGACGUUGAUGCCAAACCAGACCCCGAGGACGACAAAGAGCUAGAGGAACUUGCCAAACUCAGGUGUCAGAGCGUGGCCACAGAAGUCGUGGCCGAGAGAUACAAGCGAAGAUGUUCAGAUUAUCCGGGUUUCGCGUUCGGUUCCUCCAUUUUCAGUUCGAAUACAAUGAUGAAGUUCAGCAUUAUAAAGAACGAGUUGCACAACAUCAUGAAUGUGCAAUUGAAAAGGGCUGAGGGCGAGGUGGCCGCUCUGAACCGCCGCAUCCAGCUGCUCGAGGAGGACCUGGAGCGCUCUGAGGAGCGCCUCAACACCGCCACCACCAAGCUGGCCGAGGCCUCCCAGGCCGCCGACGAGUCCGAGCGCAUGCGCAAGGUGCUCGAGAACCGCUCCCUGUCCGACGAGGAGCGCAUGGACGCCCUGGAGAACCAGCUCAAGGAGGCCCGAUUCCUGGCUGAGGAAGCCGACAGGAAAUACGACGAGGUUGCCCGUAAGCUGGCUAUGGUUGAGGCCGACCUUGAGCGUGCUGAGGAGCGUGCCGAGACUGGUGAAUCAAAGAUCGUCGAGCUUGAGGAAGAGCUGCGUGUUGUUGGCAACAACCUGAAGUCCCUUGAGGUGUCUGAGGAGAAGGCCAACCAGCGCGAGGAAGCCUACAAGGAGCAGAUUAAGACCCUUACCAACAAGCUGAAGGCGGCUGAGGCCCGUGCUGAGUUCGCCGAGAGGUCUGUGCAGAAGCUCCAGAAGGAGGUCGACAGGCUUGAAGACGAUCUAGUAGCUGAGAAAGAUAAGAAUAGGCUGCUCCAGGCAGACAUGGAAGCCACCCUACAGGACAUCCAGAAUAUGUAGACAUAAUAAGCCCAGGACACAUUGGAAGAAGCAGAAAGUCACAGACGAACUUGUCAUUCAGAAGGAGAAGUACAAGUCCAUUACCGACGAACUGGACCAGACCUUCACCGAAAUGUCUGGCUAUUGAGCUCUCCACCCCUGACGACUACUAAACUACUACCACUACUACUACCACCACCACCACUUCUACUAUUAUUCUACUACUACUACUAGCUCAUAACUUUCCCGAACUUCUCCAUGACCACCACCACUACUACUACUACUACUACUACCACUACUACCACCACCACUACCAAUAGCUGCUCUACUCCCUUUUCUGUUUUGUACUUCCCUUCCGCCCCGACAUCCCGCCGCUAGUCGGGUAGUCGGCAAGAGGGAGGAGGAGGAGGAGGAGGAGGAGGAGGAUCGCCUUCGUCAGCGUCGAGGCCGACACGUGCACUUCCCCUUCUUUCCUUCCUCCCCCCUUCCCCACCCCUACCAUCCCCACCCCCUACUCGACUGCCGUCCCCCUUCUACCCUUCCACGACCCCUGACGGCCGGCAGACUUGAGAGGAGACCCCACAACGCGUCAUGGUGCAGCCACGGGACCUCAUCAGGAACGCAGGCUCGCACGGCACGGGAGGAGGAACAACCGUAGUAGGAGCUAACAUCACACCUCCCCAGUGCCGAUGCAGUGGCGCUCCUGAUGUGGCUUCUGGCGUUUCGGAUAUAUUUAUAGUAUACUCUCUCUCUCCCUCCGGCCUCCAGGUGCGCCCUCCGUCAAAAGCAGGGUCUUGGCAGGGCUAGAAGGCGGGCAUAGUCUCGGUGCAGGGGCCCAGCCGCACCUUUCCCCUUUCUCUCCCUCCCCUUCCACCAGUCCGCUGUGUCGGAGGCCUGGCUGCCUCUUGUUAUGAUACUGCCAUCUACCGGUCUUUUAUGGAACUUGUUUGCUUAUUGUUGUAACGGCUUGGAAAAAGUAAAUUUGUACAGCUGUUCAACAAGUAGGCUCUCACUUUGUGGAUAACAUGUACAAUUAGUAUAAAUUUUUUUAUUUGAUUCGAUGCUAAUGUAAAUACUGAGAAAGUGGGUAGGUGUGUUAACUUUGUGUCCGGAGAGAGUGAACCUGUGGGUGGAAUCGUCCUUUUCUCUCCCAGUUAGACCACAAGUAGCGAGCUCUAGGCUACUACUAGGACGUCGUCGUUCUUGGUCAUGGAUUGCUAGUAGAUUGUGUUAACACGCGGCGGCGGCGGCGGCUUCGGCGCCCAACUCUCCUCAACAACUUCUCUUCUCACCUCAGUCGCCUUCAGCUUCUGGGAACUAACUCUUUUUUUUUUGGCCGUGUUAAUUGACCUGUGUUUGUUAAUCUCUACUUUGCAGACGAACUGGUUAAC